UCAAUUUUGCAAUGCCUCCAAAGCUAAGUGUCCAAUAUUGCAGUUUCAAGUUUUUCAGAAAUUUGUGAUAUACAUAACCCAACUGGUUGAAGAUUGUUUUUUCUAUACAUGUUACAUAAACAUCAAUGAGGAUGGAAGGGGGAUUUUGGUUACUAACCCAUGAGACAAGGACAUGUUCCCCGGCAGCCUCUUUUUAUCAACUGGUACACGGCUUGUUAACAGCUGCAAGAGAACCACCCCAUAGCUGUAUACAUCUGAUUUCGUAGUGCUUCCAUUAAUUAGGAGUGCCCAAUUGAUGCAUCACCUUGAAGGAGGAGCAGCAAAAAAAUACAUCACAAAGAAGAGUAAGGAAGAGCCAAAUCCAGACUUUGAUAUAUGGCUAAAUAAUGAUGGAUUACUGACUAGUUGGUUACUUGGGACAAUGAAUGAGGAGGCAUUGAGUUUGGUGGUUGGAUGUGAUACAACAUCUCAAAUCUGGAAAUGUCUUGAAGAGCACUAUCUAGCUUCAACCAAAGAGCACAAGCUGCAUCUCAAAGGGUAGUUAGUAGUAAAAAGGGGAGACAAUGAACCAAUUGAAAGCUU